UCACACGCACACUCUCUCAGCCUCCUGCCAGACUCCCAGGCCAAACAGCUUCGCCAUACGGAACAUCCUGCCCUCAACGGAGAGGGGGAGGAGAGAGAGAGAGCGAGGGUAGAGAGAGCCUUGAGUGUAUAGAGAGAGAGAGACACAGAGAGAGAGAGAGAGAGACAGGGAGAGAGAGACAGGGAGAGAGAGAGAGAGAGAGAGAGAGAGAGAUAGAGGAGCUCUGACUUCUCCCGGCACUAACUAUCGGGGCUCGUGCACAUAAACUCGCAGGAGCAGACUGAGCGGAGGCCUCGCGGAGACACCGCCGCUUCAACCGGUGACCGGGAGCAGCGCGUGAAGCCGUGGAUUAAAAACAAGCCGACAGCAGACGCAUGGUCGCGCGGAUGUGAAGUUGGACCGACUACCGACACUCACGCACCGAGAGCAGGCGGCAGGAGGCUUUUGUUCACCCCCCUCACCUCUUCCUCCUCCUCCUCCCCCCGAAGGCAGCGGCGGCACCGGGAGGCUGUGCACGCGCGCCCCGACCAUGAAGCUGCCGUGGCUGCUUGCGCUCGCGGCGCUCCUCCUCGCGCACACCGCCGCGGGACAGACGUGGUCGCCAUCCAUCGAUGACGAAGGCUCGACGAGAGACGAGUUCUACGAUGAUGAGGACCUCUACUCGGGCUCAGGCUCUGGCUUUCCUGAGGUCAGCGUGAGGCCGACCUCAGUGGGUGUGACCUUCACCACAGAAGAGCCCCUCCUCCUCUCGACCACCCAGGCCACUAGCCCCGCCCCCUCCGCCUUACCUGCGGCCGAGCCCAGCCCCAGCCCCGAGGAGCCCCCCGCCACCCAGCUGCCCACCGAGGCAGAUGGAGAGAGCGGUGCAUUCUGGGAGCGAGAGCUGGAGAAGGAGAAGGAGCUGGAGAAAGAGAGGCAGAACGAACUGGAGAAGGCCAAGCAGCUGGACAGGGAGCGAGAGAGGGAGAGAGAGAGGGAACGGGUCAGGGAGCUGGAGAGAGAGAAGGAGCGAGAGAGGGAGAAGGAAAGAGAACGUGAGAGAGAACGAGAGAAGGAGAGAGAGAGGCAGAGAGAGAGAGAGCUGGAGAGGGAGAGAGAGCUGGAGCGAAUCAGGGCCGCUGCUGCCGCCCAGACUACCGCCGCCCCAAAGACCCCUGCUGCCGUCCCCGUGGUGACCACCAACCCCGCAACCAGCUCCGCAGAAAGUGCAGCGCCCUCGGCCGGUUCUGAUGACGUGAGCACCACAGAAGAAGAAGAGGACGUCUACCUGUCCCCGGAGCCCACCUCGAUGUACCCCGGCUUCGACAUGGAAACCACCGCAGAGGAGGACACCACCACCACAGCAGAGACCACACCUGAGGCCACAACAGCUUCUCCCACCACCACCACCGUCAGAACCAGGGUCCCCUUCAGGCCCAGGGUUCCCAUGACAACAGCCACUCAGAUGAUGCCAACGGAGACAACGACAAGUCCACAGCAGCCCACAACCACACAGGAGAAUAACAAUGAGGUGGGAGCUGCAGGACCAAGUGGAGAUUUCGAGAUUCGCGAGGAUCGCCGGAACGAUCUUGGUCGAGGGAUACUGCCUGUGGAUCCUGAUCUGAUCGGCAACACAGUGGACGGGGGAAGCUCUGCCGCGCAGCUGCCACAGAAGAACAUCUUGGAGAGAAAAGAGGUCUUGAUAGCUGUUCUGAUUGGUGGACUGCUGGCGGUGGUUUUCGCUGAUUUCCUGGUCAUCGCCGUGAUAGUGGGAGGUGUGGUCGGCGCCUUGUUCGCCGCCUUCCUGGUGAUGCUGCUGGUGUACCGGAUGAAGAAGAAGGACGAGGGCAGCUACACGCUGGAGGAACCUAAACAGGCCACCGUCACCUACCAGAAACCAGACAAGCAGGAGGAGUUUUACGCAUAACACUCGUACGCCAGAGAGACCGCACACCGAGGGAGAGAGAAAGAUGGAGAGAGAGAGAAGAGAGAUACUCUCAACGCCCCCACCUCCUCCUCCUCCUCCUCUUCUUUGUUGCUCCAACCUCAUCUGCUCGCCUCUCCUCAUCCCUCUCUCCUCUCGUCUCCAAAACACUUGAGAGCGCCUUUCUCUCUGCGGACUUGGAACUUUCUUUUCAAUGAAAAUGAAAAAGAGGACAAAAAAAUCCAAAUAUAUUCUGAAAAAAAAAAUACACAUACACACGAGAUGUUUUUAAAGUAAAUGUUGUUCUUAAUAUUCUACAGAUUCUCUUGUUCUGUAUGUAAUGAUAUGAUUAUUUUCUAAAAAAAAAACUAAACAAAGCAAAACACAAGCGCUUAACCUGUGUUUUCCAGCACACUAAAGUCCCCCUCUUCUGUUUUUAUGGAGCGAAUGAAAGGCUUAAAGGAAAGAGGAGAGGAGAGGGGCGGAGCGAGCUGAGGGAGACACAAAAGGGAGAGAAAACAGAGUGAUGGGCUCGACUCUGCCCCUCACCCCCUCACAAAUAACACGUAGAGCGUCUGGUUGGCCACACAGAGCCAAGGGUCAAAGGUGAGAGGAAAGGUCUCUUUUGUGCCUUCCAUCCCUCUGGUGCUCAAACACACACAGGAAUACAUCCACAUAAACACACGCUUACACGUACGCACAUGUACACACACACACACACACACACACACUUGUAUCUGCUCGAAGGUGGCUCUGGCCUCUCUCUCUGUGCUCAGCCAACCAGAAAACCAUGCUCAACCCUUGGCGUGUUCCACAGCGUCGAGGAGCAACUGUGGAAACACCGGCUGGUCGCGUUGAGGCUCGCUCCACGGCCUGUCUGCUCCUCUAAGCUGUACAAAGAAUAGUUAUGGAUAGUAAUAAUCAAUAAUAUAUCAAUGUUUUCGGCUGGAUGGUGAACAAUAAUAAUACCGUAAUAAUAAUAAUUAUGAUAAUAAUAAUAAUACUUCAACAGGAGGAUGUGUAUUUAGCAGUUUAAAAAAAAAGAAGUUUAUAUGUAAAUAUUGUAUCCUUUCUGACAUCACUAACCAUCUGCAUGAUCAUGAAGAGUUUUUAUUCAUCACAUUCGUCAUCACUCUAGAUGAGCUGUGCUCUCGUCAACCACACACACACACACACACACACACACACACACAUAUAUAUACACAUACAUACAUACAUACAUACAUACAUACAUACAUACAAACAUCAACACACCACACAGACUUUAAAUAUACUGUAGAUCAUAUCAUUCAAACACAUAUCAACCCCAUCAUCAUCAUCAUCAUCGUCAUUGUGAUAGUCAUCACUUUUGAUACGAACGGGAUCGGGUGGUUUCAAUAUGUUAUUGAUUAGUUGUCAAUCAGUUGCUGCGGUUGGUUUAGAGUUUGGUCUGUUUGUAUAAAAGCACAACUAUGUUUUCAGUCAUCACGUCGUCCGCCAUCACGUCAUCCGUUACCCCCCCCAACCCCACCCACCCACACACCCUUUGCAUGCCUCACUUUGUUUUUUCUUCCACCAUUGGCUCUCUGUUUGGGGAUGGGAGGGGCCACUGGGAAGCAUGAGGGGCUUUAACGAAAUCAGGAAGUGGGAAUCCGUCCAGGAAGUUGCUCACACGUGCACUGAUUCAGUCAAAAAACUAAAUCUUAGUUAAAGGAUUGGUUAUGAGACUUUGAAUCAGUGUUUAUGGUGUCAACUUAAACCUGCAGGACCAAUCUGGGGACCGGGUCAUUGGUAAUGGGGUUUAGGAUUCAGUUCGGGGAUUGUGAGGAGGGCUGUGCUUCUAUCUAAGAGAUUGUAACAAUAACCACACCAGUGUGACUGGGCUAGUAGCUUCUAUUAUACUCAGUACUGUAGAACAAAAAUGCAUGGGAGUCAAAACUAUACUAGUCUGGGUGUGUGUGGAUGCCUGUGUGUGUGUGUGUGUGUGUGUGUGUGUGUGGAUGCCUGUGUGGAUGCCGUGUGUGUGUGUGUGUGUGUGUGUGUUUUUGUCCGUGUGUGUGUGAUAGAAAAAGAGAGUUUAAGAUGGAAUGUACUGUGGUCGAGAGUGUGUUUACCUACCCCAGCAGUUCUCACGCUCUUCCACAGACAGGUAACACACCUCUUCUACUCCUGUGUGUAUUUUGCCUGUCCCCUCGCCAGUGUGAGAAUACGUGCGUGUCUCCACCUCAUCUAAAGCCACCACCUGUAUGUGUGUGUGCGUGAGUGUCUCACCUCGGUAUUUCACAGCAGACUCUUGUGUACACUGACUAGCCUGUCGACGUGUGUGUAUGCGUGUGUGUGUGUGUGUGUGUGUCUGCGUGUGUUUAGUCUGUUCACUGCUGAAUGUGGGGCAGCUGGUCCCUCACAGUGGCUUUCACACACACACUGACUGUGUCUUCUCACUGUCUGUCUGACUCGGCCUGUCUGUCUCUCUGAAACGGGGACAGACGGACAGGCAACACGCCACUUUCUCACAGGCAGGAAUGAUCUUAACACGUACUGUCUUUUCUAAAGUGACUGUCAAAAUGUAAACGUGUGUUUGUACCCAUAUAAGCCUGCGUAGCCAAAUAAGAUGUGUGUGUGUGAGUGAGCGAAUAAGAAAGGGUGGAUUUGUAUGUGUGAGUGUAGGUAUGUGUGAGUGUGUGUGUGUGUGUGUGUGUGUGUGUGUGAAGCCUAAUGGAGGCUACACUACUCUAUGUUUGCUGUUCCCAUUCCUGUUUUUAUACAUUUGCAUUUUUUUAAGGCUGAGUUUCUGUCAUUGGCUGAGUGGGCGAGAGGAGGCGGAUCCUCCACGCCACCGCCCUGUCACUAAUCUGCCACUCUGUUCCAAAUAAAAAACCUGAUUGGGUAAAUCUG